UGCCCAUCUCUUCAUUUACGAAACCCUUUGUCCUUUCUUUCUCUCACUCUCUCUCUCUUUCCCCCACACAGUUUUCUUCUUCUUCUCUUCAUUUUCUAUAUAAAUAAGAGGAGAAGCUACUGCAGUCUUUAGCUAGCGUUCCUUCCACUUAAUUCUAAAUGGGAAGAUCACAAUGUUGCGACAAGGUUGGUUUAAAGAAAGGACCGUGGACUCCAGAGGAAGAUCAGAAGCUUUUAGCUUACAUUGAAGAGCAUGGCCAUGGAAGCUGGCGUGCUUUGCCUGCAAAAGCUGGACUUCAAAGGUGUGGCAAGAGUUGUAGACUGAGAUGGACCAAUUAUCUUAGACCUGAUAUUAAGAGAGGGAAGUUCAGUUUGCAAGAAGAGCAAACCAUCAUUCAACUCCAUGCCCUCUUAGGGAACAGGUGGUCAGCUAUAGCCACACACUUACCAAAGAGAACAGACAACGAGAUCAAGAACUAUUGGAACACACAUCUCAAGAAAAGGUUAACUAAAAUGGGAAUUGAUCCGGUGACCCACAAGCCCAAGAAUGACGCACUUCUCUCCAGCGACGGCCAGUCCAAAACCGCCGCUAACCUCUCCCACAUGGCUCAGUGGGAGAGUGCUCGCCUUGAAGCAGAAGCAAGACUUGUUAGGGAAUCAAAACUUCGUUCACAUUCGCUCCAAAACCACCACCUUGGAAGUUCUCAUCAUCAUGUUUUUGCAUCUUCAUCUUCUGCUUCAACUAAUUCAGCCCCAAUCCCAAACAACACCAACAAAUUAGAAGCACCACCACUGCCGCCGUCGCAGCCGCAAUUAACAUCAUCAACAUCUUUUCCCUCAUCAUCAUCAUCACGUUCCCUUGAGGCCAUUAAGUCUUGGAACAAUGGAGGGUGGUUAUUAAAAGCUAACAACAAUGAAGGAAAUGGUGGCACUAAUAUUAAUGACCUUGAGUCUCCUACCUCAACCCUAUCUUUCUCUGAGAAUAACAAUGUGCAACCAAUCAUGACUGUUGGAUCAGCAACAGAAAACAAUAGCACUGCAGUGGCUAUGAUUGAGUUUGUGGGCACUAAUUCAGGUUCUUCUGAGACAGGAGGAGGAGUUGUGAAAGAAGAAGGUGAGCAGUGGAAAGGUUAUCAUGAGAGUUCAAUGACUUUCACUUCUGGAUUUCAUGAGUUCAUGGAAGGUGUUGUUGGAGAUGAUGUUGUUGAAGAAGGGUUCACCAAUCUUCUACUUAAAACAAACUCCGAUGACUCGGAAGGCGGCGGAGAAUCUAACAAUGGUGGUCGUGGGAGUGGCAGUGAUUUCUAUGAAGCUGAUAACAAUAACUACUGGAGCAGCAUUCUUAAUUUAGUGAACUCUUCACCAUCAGAUUCUCCAAUGUUCUGAUCAGAGCAAUUAAAUCUUGUGUAAGUAUGGACAUGGUGUCUAUAGAGUCUAGACACAACUAAUUGAAAAUUCAAGAUGCAUUAAGAAAAAAAUCUUCAGAUUAUUUUAAUGUUAUCUUGAAUUUUUUAAUUAGUGUGACAACUAGACACUUCACUUGUACAAGAACUGUUUAUGCCAUGGUUAGCUAGUGAGUGUGAGUGAUCAUGAUAUAUGUAUUUAUAUAGGAUAGUUCUCAAAUUCAAACUGCAGUCAAAGGCUAUUGAUUUUAUUUCCCAUUGCCAUAAUAAGCGAACUGCUCAGAUAGACUAUGUUGAAUUUCCAUAGUGUUUUUAACAGAGACUUUGGUUGCUUCCACCAUCAAAUGUUGAUAUCGAUUUGUUUGGAUUUGA